AGUUUCAAUGCGCCAUUAAGUGACCAUAAAAUGGCUGUAUAGUUUGCGUUUGCAAAAUUGUUUCUGCAGAAAGACGACUAUUCUGAAAUGUCUAAUUUUUUUUACUUCGUUAUAGUUGGAUCUCAAGAUAAUCCUAUAUUUGAAGACGAGUUUGGUUACAACAAAGGAGGCUCUGACUCUCAGUACAGGGGUAGAGAUGAUCAUGGACAUUUAAAUCAGUUUAUUGUUCAUGCUGCUUUGGACAUGGUUGAUGAAGUUAUGUGGACCAUGAACUCAAUGUAUUUGAAGUGUGUUGAUAAAUUCAAUGAGUCACUAGUCUCUGCAUUUGUUACGGCUGGAGGUGCACGCUUCAUGAUGCUGCAUAAUGUUAAAAAUGAAGAUGGAAUAAAAAACUUUUUUCAGGAUGUCUAUGAAGCUUAUAUAAAGCUCCUGAUGAAUCCAUUCUAUUAUCACAAUACGGAAAUAAAAUCUCCAGUGUUUCAGAAAAAGGUCCAAAAUGCAGCUCGAAAGUACUUAUCAGUUUAAACCAAACCAUCUUUUGAAGAAGAAAUUGAACAUUUCAACAAACUAAACAAAAUAAAAAUUUUGUAUAUAAUAUUCUAUUAGAAUUUCAUAAAAUUGAAUUUGAAAUGGUAGUUUCUUAAAGUUCCUUUUUGUUCUUACUGAAGAGAACUGUUGAAUAUUUAAGAUUUAUUGCUAUUUAGAUAACAGCAGAUAGGUCUUAAAUAAGUAGUCAUUUUCAUAAGCCGUCUACGCCUGGCGCAGGCUUUUCUUAAAAGUUCUAUUGUUUUCCGAAACAGUUUCAGUCUAAGCCACCAUUUAGGGAUCCAAACUUUUGUUGUAAUAUUUGAUUUUGAUAUGUUGUAAAUGUUUUGAUAGAAAAGGUGACAAUAAUGCACUGUUGAAGGAGCCAUGAGCCAUGGCUCUAAAAAUAUGUAGAACUUCACUUCAUGCACCGUGGAUCCAUUUUUCGUAAGUCAAAUUUGUCAUCUGCCCUUUUUAUUGAGACGUAUCAGGCCUUGCUCUAAGCAAAAGGGAGGUGCUCCAUAAAAAGAGCCCCUUAGAAACUCUUGGCGCUCUAUUUCGCACCUCUAAAAAAUGUCCUUGAGAGCAUCCUUCAAGAGCUUUGGAAGAUCGAGAGCUUCAUAUCGAGAGCUUCGGAAGAGUGUCAAAUAGGAUAUUCAACGGCGAUACACAAAAGCACCAUAAUAUGAAAUAACAAAACAUGCAGCAAACACCAAGUUAAUAUAAAUAUAGAAAUAUAAUAAAACAAAGUCUCGAAAUUGAUCAGAUUUUUCUAGAUAUGUAAGUUGCCAUCAUUCGUAAGCUUCUAUUACUGUCAGUAUCACUAUUGUUAUGUUCAGCUUCACGUAUUGUUUCAUCAAAAUAUAUGGCUUUAAAUCGAACUUUAAA